AUGGAUAUUAAAAUGAUUGCAAAAGACUUGACGGACUCUGUAGUUACCUCUGCGAUACAUCAGGUGACAGGAAAUAGUCGACGUCGAAGUCCAGAAUGUGCUUGUACAACCGAUAGCGGAAUCAGCUUCAUUGAGAUUCCAGGUCAUUUGAGUAGCGGCGAGGACGAUGAACUCACUGUAACUGGAUCUAAACCCCAUUUGGCACCUACUCAUACAGAAAAGGCACAUGACUCAGUUGUCCUCUUCUCUGAUCUUGACAAGCUUGACAUGGACAGACUUUCAUCACCGUCUGGAGUGUCUGUUGGUCGAAAUGACUCCCAAAAAUCGACAACUUCUAGUGGUUACCUAGGAUCUGGUGAUGAAAUCGUCCAGCAUGAUUGGGUUUAA